UCUUUCGCUUUGGAUCUUUUUCGCGGAGGCUUUUCGACGAAGCGACAGCAAGUCGAUCAUUGGCAACCACAUGCCACCAUGGCGACUGCUACUUCUAAUAAUGACAAUGCUUCCGAACUAUCACCACCGACAAGGAUAAUUCUCAUUACAUAUGAGUUCACGUUCUCUACGUUCAGUGGCAACGGCAUCUUGGCAAUUUCUCUGGUGAAAUCACUGGUUCGAAGGGGCUGUCAUGUCACCGUUUGGUGUUGUCGGCCUCCUACGACAUGUACCAAUGACAACGAUGGACAAGUCCCGGAUCUGACCGAGGAAGAACUGGAGCGAUUGACCAUUGUGUCCACAACCAUUUCCACUGCUGAUAAAUGGCGUCGCUUGGACGAUGAGUCUGCCUGGGAGGAAUUCGUGUGGUCCUCUCUGUCGGAAUCUUCUCAAGCUACUCUGGCUCCAUCAUCAUCAUCAGCUGCUGCUGGUAGUACACAUACGGCUGUUCUCGUCAUUGAUUGGACUGGUCAUCACGCAUUGAAGUCAACUCCUUUCCAAGACAGUAGCAUCAGUCAGAAUGGGAUACCCUUGAUCUACCUCAAUUUCAGAGUCUACAGUUCGGGAGUCUCGUGCAAUGUCAAACGAAAGUGGUAUGAUACAAGAGAGAAAAAUGCCGUGCAAAAUGCGGAUUUGGUCGUGGCUCUCAGUGAAAAAGACAAGGCAUCACUCACCAACAUGAUGAUGAUCAACAACAACAACAAUCGUGAAAAAUUACAAAUAUUGGUGCCGCCAUUACGAGGCGACGUGGAAAAGCUGGCAAAACAGACCACCACACAACAAUCCAUUAUUUGGAGUCACUUGCCUCCAGAAGCAAAAGAGGUAUUCACCAACAAUAACAACAAUCAACCCAGAAAAUGCUUCAUUGCCUGUGUCGUCCGUCUUAGUCCAGAAAAGAAUACAAGACGGUUUGUAGACUUUCUCAAAGCCACAAGAGCAUUCUGGAAAGAUCGAAACUGGAUUCCACUCUUGGCUGGAGCAGCUUCCGACCCAACCUAUGCCACGCUGGUCAAGCAGGAGCUCAGGGAUGUUUGUGGUGAUGGCUGUGUCAUUGUGGAUUCCUUUCUCUCGCCUGCUUCACUGGCAGCCGUGUUUGCAUGUACCAUUCUCAACUUUCACCCGUGCUCCUACGAUGCCUAUGGCAUGACCAUCAUGGAGGCAGCUGCCUUUGGAGUACCAUCCGUUGUGGCAGAAGGAAAUCAUGUCGGUGCCACCAUUCAUGUCGGAAAUGGAGCCUCCAUUCAAGUCCCGAUGAAUGAUUGUGAUGAUGAUGAUGAUGGUAUAGCAGAGCAAGCAGUGGAAACGAUUGUAGCAACGCUCCGUGAUACUGCCAAACUGGACGCAGUGGGAAAGCUGGCGCGGCAACGGGCACUAGCAUGGGACGAGGACGCUUAUGGAAGAGCUCUGCUGGACCACAUCGCCAGUCUCAAUAACUAGCUAGCAAGUGCAAUUAAUUGAGUAUGGCUGCAAUAUAAAGUGCCCUGGUAUUACCAGCUAGUAGUCCGCGUUACAAUAUUGUGCAAAAGAUUCAAUCAAGUUUAUUUUCAAAGCACCUA